AUGGAUUAUUUACGGACACUGGGCUCUGCUGCCGUCUCGUCUCUGGUUCAGAAAUCUGGCUUAAAUCUUCCUUUCACAUUAGCGGGCAAGGUCGACGAUGGUAGCAACGAGAUAUGGUCAUUAUAUGACGGAACCAAGAGGGACGAUGGCAGCCCCGUAUCUGUUUUUGAAUUCGACGCGAACUCGUCGUCGAAGAGGAACCUCAUACCCCUAGCUAAGAACGCCCUACGAAAGCUACGAGCUACUCGCCAUCCCGACGUACUGAAGUUCAUGGAUGCAGUGGAAACUGAUACCACAGUUCAUAUUAUGACCGAGCGUAUACGACCCCUGAAAGCUGCAUUGCAAACGUGGUCGUCCAAAAGUCAGCGGGAACGGGAAGAGUGGCUUCUAUGGGGCUUACACAGAAUCACGGUUGCAUUGGCCUUCGUGAACGGCCCCUGUGCGUCUACUCACGGCAAUGUUCGUGUCCAAUCUAUCUUCAUAUCACCAUCCGGGGAGUGGAAAUUGGGUGGGUUCGAGGCUUUGAGCAAUCACAAAGACGACAUGAACGGAUACUACGUAUGUAGCUCAUCCUUGCCUGAAUCCAUGAAGUAUGCGUCCCCCGAGGUCAAGAAAGGCGGAUGGAUGGUCCUGAAGGACCAUGAUCCAGGAGUACUGGAUAGCUACGCUCUCGGUAUCCUGCUGAACUCCCUCUUCAACCCAUCCUUCCCCCUUCCGCCGACCACCGACCCUCCUCAUCCUCCUCCGCCUGCUUCCUCACAAGGCGCCGUCCCCUCAGCUUUAUUUCCCUCAUACAAGCGUCUUCUUAAUCCGAAUCCCAGGGGUCGAUUGACUUCUAAGGGAUUCUUAGAUUUAGGAAUGGCUGAGACGGCUGGUGAAGGCUCCGGCUUCUUUGCGAAUAACAACCUCGUAAAGAUUUGUGCAGGGCUCGACAACUUCAAUUUAUCGAGUGAUACGGAAAAAUCAACAUUCCUACGGCGAGUGAAUAUGUCUGCCUCUUCGUUUCCCCCGGAAUUCGCCACCGGUCGUGUUCUACCUUCAUUAAUAUCUGCCUUAGAGUUUGGUGGGGCGUCAGCAGCUACCAUCUUACCGUUGGUCCUACAGAUGGGGAAGAAUGUUGCACCAGCAGAUUAUUCUACUCAAAUUAUCACACCGCUGGUCAAACUAUUCGCCAGUCCUGAUCGUGGUACGCGUAUGGCUUUGAUCGAUCACAUGAAUGAAUACGCAGACAAGUUGGACAAGAAGACAGUCACAGAUAAAAUAUGGCCUAACCUGCAAACUGGGUUUACAGACACUGUCGCCGUAAUCCGUGAAGCCACCGUACGAUCAAUCAUACUCCUUGCGCCAAAUUUUAGCGAUCGAAUUAUGAACAACGAUCUCCUUCGCCACCUCGCCAAAAUGCAAUCCGACCCCGAGCCAUCCAUACGGACCAACACGUGCAUUCUCCUUGGUCGACUAGGUCCAAAUCUGGGUUAUAACACGAAACGCAAGGUUCUAGUACCUGCAUUUUCGCGAGCUUUGAAGGACCCCUUUGUCCACGCUCGUGUGGCCGGGUUAAUGGCUUUCAUGGCCACUAUUGAUUGUUAUGAAGAAGAAGAGCUGGCAACCAAAGUAUUACCCAGCGUCAGCCCCUCGAUCGUGGAUAAGGAGAAGUUGGUGCGCGAUCAGGCUUUUAAAGCCGUCGAACUCUUUCUGAAGAAGCUAGAAUCAUAUGUUGCCACAUUGGUAUGCUGCCUUCCUUUGCUGGCGCAAGACGUUAACAUAUAG